AUGGAAGUGCAACGCCACUACCAUGCCGUGUCGAGCGCCUGGCGUGAGAUGCCGAUUCCCGAGUCGUGCUUUGAGAAGCCGACCCAGGUGCUCCCCAUGCGCGGCAAGGUUGGCCGCGUCAACCAUGUCGAAAUCUCGAAGACCGCAAGGGACCCGCCCUCGGAGCAAGACGAGCUCACGGCAUUUCUUCGUCGCGCGCUCACACUUGCGCCGUGA